AUGCAGAACACACAACAUCAACACCAUCAGCUACACCCUCAACUUCUGCAACAGCAACAGCUGCAUCAGCAACAACAACUUUAUGUACAACAGCAGCAGCAACAGCACCAGCAACACUAUCAGCAGCAACAACAACAACAACAACAACAACAGCAACAACAGCAGCAGUGCCAACCUCAGCUGAUCGACGAUACCCCUGCGGCCAUCGGUCACCUGCCGACGAAUGCAAAGGCUGGUGUGCAGUACAGUGCAUUGUCGUCCAUCACGUCAACAGAGUCAAUUCUCCGCGACUUGCCGUCGUUGAGUAUUGCCUUCUCUGACUUCCGACUUCUACAACCAAAAGAUGCAACGGUCCAGAACAUGCUGGCUCAGCAAGGUCUCACACAACAUGCCUUCAACUUUCAAACCGAGUACCUGAAAACUAUCAUCUCGAACGCAAACGUGGACGACAUUCGGUUCAUGUCAGCGACGCAGAUCACAUCGAGCAGUGUGCCUUUCACACCAAACUACGACCAGCCUCUGUCUGGCCUGUCACAAACAGUCCUGGAUCAUUGCACAAUGUCGCGACCAUCAACUAUCCAACCCGAGGGCGAUUAUCAAUUACCCGUACUCGACCCUUAUGAUGCGCUCCUCGAGCUCCGAGACAGCGCGGUUUCGCGUCAGCAAAACACAGCACUUCGGCCGCAACAGCCGUCAAGGGCACUGGACGGCAGACAAGGAAGCGUGGAAGCGAGAGAUGUCAGUCCACCAACGAUGACCUCACAAAAGAGGGGGGCUCAGGAUACAACAGACGAUGAGCUCGACAUCCGGGCAAGGGCUCCUAAAAAGACGCCCUCUUGUGUGCCAGUGGAUCCAACAUCAGAGUUUGAAGACACUGUGAGCGAGUUCUUGGAGUCAGUCGAGAGUGCGGACGAAAAUAACGGCACUAGGAAACAUCUUUCGGGAUCUCAGCUGAAGCAUCUUGAUCGUUCGGUUCAGGAUUUGUCUAAGCAAGGACUAUUGAUUGAUGUGCAAAUCGACACCCUGUCGACGCUUUUGAAGUACCUCGAGUCAGCCAUGAACGAAUUUGACGCCAUCGAUGUGAUAUCCCUGUUUUCGGAGGAGUUUGCGACCGCUGGGGAGGAUCGCCUCAAUGUGGUUGAUCGUUUGUUCGAUAGGAUCUCAUUGUCUUUGGAGCAUGUCGUGCUGAGCCUCUCGAUCCUGAACGCAAGGGGACUUCAGCAACACUUGUUUCCAGAGGAGCUGCUGGUUGCAUCUCUGAGUGUGUUCAAGACCCAUGUGGAGAAAUUUCUAGUGCCGGCGCUGGAGUUCUCUAAGGAUGACAACGGACUGUCCAAGGGGUCUGGAAUCCUCAAGGCCAUCUCCGGAAACACCGCCCUGAGAUCGAGGUGGGUAUACAUCGGGCUGGCCCUGUUCUUUAUCGACACAUCCUCGGAGUUGAUGGUGGGGCUGACUGAAGCAGAGUCUGUCAAACAGUCGGGAUCAAGUUUACUGUGCAUGGUCUUUGCCAAGCAUUCGAAGCAAAGGACAUGGAUUCUGGAGGAAAUCCUGUCGUUGCUCAUCAAGUUGCCACACGGGAAGAAAGUGAUCAAGGGUUACAGACUUAUCGACGGCUCAAAGAUCCAUACUUCCUCGGCCUUGCUCAUGCAGUUGGUCCAGACAUGUUCGGAGAGUCCUCUCGUUGUCGAACCGCCAGCAGACUUUUUACAUCUUCAUCCUUCUACUCAGAAGAUCGAAUCUCGGAAGCUGUUGGACGAUGUGAAGAGGAUCAUAGAAGGUGCCAAGGCGAGCGUGGGGUACAUCUUCAACGUGUUGCUGUCUAGAUCUAUGAAGGGUACCAAGUCAUCAGUGGAGGCCGAUUACAGAACCGUUCUUGAUACUCUGGUGACGGAUCUACUCACGGUUCUCGGACACCCUGAAUGGCCCAGUGCAGAGCUCUAUCUCUUGAUCUUCAGCACAGCCAUGGCGCGAUAUAUCGACGAUACAAAAGCAGACUUUGCUGCAAGGACGAUGGCUGUCGAUACAUUGGGCCUGAUUGCGGCUAGGAUAAAAACAAUCUCGAACCGGAUUACAGUCGAUGCUUCAGAGCAAGCAAAGGCAUCAUCCAACGACGAACAGCAGCCUUUUUACGGAGAUCUUUCUAUCAACACCGCAAUGACCGAUUUGUCGUAUUUGCAGGCGAAUUACGACAAUGUGAUAGAGUACUUGGGGUCGAACGAGUUGAAUGACACCGCUAUCAGGGCAGCCAAAAACACUUGGAUCGGGCAGUGGAUUGCCGUCAUUUGCUCCGCAACGACUAAGGAGUACGAUGGCCGCACCUGGGGCGAGGACCAAUGGAACGCACUGGCGAUUGAGACGCUCAAGCUUUGGAAACUCUUCAACAGUCAAGAGCCGCACCCAAGAUCCGUACUUCCUUUGGCUAGGAAAUCGGUCAAACAAAGUGGGGGGUACCUCACAUCGCGCCAGCAGUUGUUUCUAUCAUUCGACAUGAUGUUGUCGCGUAUUCUAAGGGCGCUGGAAGGAGGAGCCAUCACACUACGCGCCAAAUCGCUGAGGGCUCUCUCGCUCAUUGUGACAGGUGACUAUGCAGUGCUGUCACAGCUGAACGUGCGCAGGACGAUUGCACUCCGCCUCCAAGACCAGAGCCCCUCUGUCCGCGAUGCUGCUCUCGAGCUGGUGGGCAAGUACAUGCUUCAGGACGCGACUAUCCGUAAAGCUUAUUAUGACAUCGUGAGCGACAGAAUCUCGGAUACCGGAUUGAACGUGCGCAAGAGAGUCCUCCGGUUAUUGAAGGACAUGUUUCACAAGGCAGAAGAUCCAGAUAUGUGCAACGACAUUUCGCAGAAACUCCUUCUCCGAGUGUACGACGACGAGCACACAGUCAAAGAUCUAGCGAUCAAGAGCGUGAGCGAGGUGUGGUUUAGUCCCUUUGUCAACGCAACUGGCGUUUCACAUGAAAGCCAUGGAGAUCACGCUGACGGAACAAAUCAUAUCGCACCGGUAACUCCCUCUCAGAGGCGCGAUAUCUCAAAGCGCUCCAGGACUCUUAUCGACAUGGUUGGGAAACUGUCGAUUCCGCAGGCGGAGGCAUUUGGCUCUGUUAUCCAGUGGCUGCUAAACAAGGAACGCAAGACCGACCAGUAUAACCUUUCUGACCCUCGGCAGGCAUUUUCGAGGACAUGUGCGGUGAUUGUCGACUGUCUCGUUGACUUGAUCCAAACAUUACAGGACGAGGAUGCACCCAAGUCACGGGUGGCUUCGGCUGUACACACUCUCCAUACAUUUAUCAAGGCGGAACCACGGCUCAUCGAGGCGAAACAUCUCAGCUCCCUUUUGGUGUAUCUCCACUGCUCGUCGACCUCUGAGGACUGGAAGAUCACCAUGUUUGUCCUUCGAAUCUUCCAGGACGCUAUUCCAGUUGUGAAGGACAUGACUCCAAACGACUCCCAGAUGGCUGAAAGGCUCUCUUUGGCCCUUGUAGCAAAGUGCCCUGUGGUUUUGCUCCCAGAAGCGGUCCAUGUCCUUUGCCUGACCGUGCGGACCUUGACCCUUCACUCUGCCCGUUUGUGCAAGUUCUUCCAGACGUGUAUCGAUCUCCUCAGCGCCGACGUUCAUAAACUCCGAGCCGGCACUGUAAUCCAGGACAACAAAACCCGGCGACUGAUGACUAUCGUUGGAUUGCUUUGCAAGCACUAUGAUUUCGAGAGGGCCAUCAAGGACCACCCAGAGGAUGGCCAUUUGGUGGAGCUCAAGGCCAAGAUGCAACCCUCACCGCAGGAAUACGUGUUUGUCAUUCUUUCGUCGCUCUGUGUUCACCAAUACUCAUUGGCCCUGCAGCAAAGCGCGCUUCAAAGCCUGGGCCAUGUGUUCAUGUCGUUUCCGAUACUGAUGAAUUCGUCAAGGAGUGUGAAGAUCAUGGACUCUGUCUUUGCUGGACAUGAGUUUUCGCUCCAGACAGAGUUGUUGCAGAUUUACACGGGCUUUCUCCUCAAGAUCCAGACAACGCCGACGUCUGAGCAGGGCAAAGGAACUGGAUACAGCCUUGUCGCCAAAGCAGAGGAUCAUCUUGAGGCGGGUAUCGGGAGCUCUAUUAUGCAGCGGUAUCUGGGCCAGAUCCUAAAGUGCGCGUUGGUGGCGGACGAGACUCUGCAGGUGAAUGCAAUCGAUGUGAUAACCCAGGUCACUCUCCAAGCUUUGGUCCACCCGAUGCUUUGUAUGCCAGUCAUUAUGGCACUGGAAACAAGCGAUGACGCCACCAUUUGUUCGCGUGUUCUCAGGAUCCAUAAGGACCUGCACCAGAAACACGCGUCACUAAUCUACGCCAAGAGCAUGGAGUGUAUCCGCACUGUCUACACGUACCAGACGAGUCUGCGCGGAUCAAAAGCUGAUGUCCAUGGAUACAAGCUGAUUGCAGAGACGGGCCAGUCGGUGGCAAUGAUUUGCCACAUGUACAAUCUGGUGAGCGACAAGCGGCAGCCCAGAAACACGUUACUGUCUGGACUUGUCAAGGUGCUGGAGGUUGAUUUGACAUCACCCGAAGUCGAGGUUGAGGGCACCUAUGUGCGAUUCAUUGCUGAAAACCUCGCGUACCUGGACUAUAGGACUAUGGAGGAGGUGUUGUUGGUGAUCUUUUACUUGAACAGGAUCAUUGCUGGGUCUGGCAUGACUUUGCUGCACAGCUUGACAGAAAUGUCGUCGAGAUCGAGAGCUUCGGUCUCUGAUAAUGAUUCGAUGGCGAAAACGUCGAACGACAAGACACCAAAGCGCGGCAAGAAGGUUGCUAACCAGACCACGAGUACUGUUAUCAAACCCAAGUCCAAGUCGAAGAAGGCGAACGCGCAGAACGUUGUGGGUCUAGGGGGUGAUGAUUCAGUGGUAUCCGAGUCUGGUGGAGAAGAUCAUCAUGAUAAUAGUCUUGAACCUGUUCUUCCAAUGAGAGUGAUGGCCAGGGCAAGUGUUGCGGUCGAGGCGGCGAUUCUUCUCAAGACAUGCCUGAAGCGGAUCUACGACAUCAGUGAGUUCAAAUGCCACCAGUUCCAGCCUUUGUCGCAUGCGACUCACAAGGAAAAGCCCGUGUUGCGACCUACGGGAACUGUGGCGAGGAUCCACUGGCAGUGGAGCGCAGAUCAGGUCGAUACUAUUUGCGAUCCUAGGAGCACCAAAAGCAACGCAGAAGAUAUGGCGAGGAACCAGCUUGGGCACUUUCUGGAGCUGAUUGAGGCGGAGUCUGUGCAGCAUAUGAGGGAUGACGAGAAGGAGAGCGCCAAAGGACAUCAUCAUCAUCGCCAUGGUCACGGUCAUGGUCAAGGAUUCUCCGGACCACACGCUUCGCGCAGUAGUCGCCCAAAUGGAGUGCAGCAACAAAUGCAGGAUAGGAGGGACGAGGAAGGAGAAGGCGACGAAGCCGACGCGGAAGAGGGAGAGGAGGAGGACGACGAGGAUGCGGAGAGCAGUGAGGGUGAUGAUGAUUACACUGGCGAAAACGCAUGA